AUGGCUUCCGUCUCCAAACUCCGUCGAAUCCUCAUCACCAGCACCCUAUCCGUCGCCAUCGCAUCCGGCGCACUCUACGGAGCAAGCUUAAAAAUGAGACAGGAUUCGAAGAAGGAGAAGAUUGGCGCUUUGUUGGUGGUCCGAGAAGGGUUGGUGCGGAAAAAGGAGAUGUUGGAGGGACAGAUCCGCGAGGUCGAAGAGAGGGAGAAGAAGCGGGCGGAUAGUGCUGGUGGCAGCGGCGGUGGUAGGAGAGGAGGCUGA